CUUUGCCACGGCAGGAGGUCGGGUCCCGGCGAUCCUGCUGUUCUCGGGGGUCCCAGAGACUGCCCACCCCUGCUCGGACACUCAUCUGUCCUCUCCCGGUCUUCAUGGCUUCUCCGGAUGACCCUCUGCGCUCAGAUCACAUGGCAAAGGAGCCAGUGGAGGACACGGACCCCAGCACUUUAUCCUUUGCCAUGUCAGACAAGUAUCCCAUUCAAGACACUGGCCUCCCUAAAGCUAAGGAGUAUGAUACAGUCACUUCCAACUGUCCACCAAACUCUGAUGAUCAACAUCAGGGAGAAGAAAAUGACUUUCCAGACAGCACUGGAGAUCCCCUUUCAGGUGUCAGCAGAACCCAGUCAUGUAAGGAGGGUUGCUCUUGCUCUUCCUGCUCUCCGAGGGCCCCCAUCAUCAGCGACUUGCUCAACGAUCAGGACUUGCUAGAUGUGAUCAGGAUCAAGCUGGAUCCAUGUCACCCGACCGUGAAGAACUGGAGGAAUUUUGCCAGCAAAUGGGGCAUGCCCUAUGAUGAGCUGUGCUUCCUGGAACAGAGGCCCCAGAGCCCCACGCUGGAGUUCUUAUUCCGAAACAGCCAGAGGACUGUGGGCCAACUGAUGGAGCUCUGCCGACUUUACCACAGGGCUGAUGUGGAGAAGAUCCUGCGCAGGUGGGUGGAUGAGGAGUGGCCCCACCGGGGACACUCAGACAGUUCCAUGCACUUCUAGAAUCCCCUCCUCUGGCAUCGGCCUUAUUGCUUGCUGGACCAGCAUGGCUCACAGGGAGAACGUACCUGCUCUUAAGGUUUUCGGAUGAGAAUACGGCAUGGGCAGUGCUUGUCCCUGAAGCUGGUGACUUGUGGAAGGAUGGGUUGUUUCAGUGGCAGGUAUUUGUUUCCUUUUGCACAUUUCUUUUAAUUUAAUAUUUGAACCUGGAAUCGGGGAAGAAUACUUUGUAGGCCACCUAGGGCCAGAGCCUGUGGCUGGGACAGAGUCAUGUCAACAUGGAAAGAAAACAACACUCUCCUUAAAUACUGCCAAGAUUGCAGCGGGAUCCCAAACUAUCCAUGUCUCUGGACAUGUCCGAGUCAUCUCAUACAGAAUCUUUUCACUCCCAGCCUAGCAGAAGAUGGCAUGGAGAUGUCACCCUGGCCUGUUCACUGUUACUGUUUCUGUCGUAAAAGGCUUAGGAGAUCAAGAGAAUACUGUAUAAUGUGGCCCAGAUACAUGGGCUUAUUUUUUUUUAAUCAAAUACUUUUGUAAUCUAUAGGCUAUCAAUACUGUCAUUGAAUUUAGCAUUUUUUAAAAGAAAUACAAAGUGUGUGGUUUGUUGGA